AUGGAACACGGCAGGAACUCGUACCGCCGAAAAGGCAUAGACAUGGGCAACAUUAUUGGUGACCCAUUUGCUUUGGCCACUACUUCUAUUGCUACUCUGUCAUGGAUCAUCAUCCUAUUUGGAUCCAUCUUUGGCUUCAGGGACCAAAAUGACGGAUCGAAUGGAAAUCCCGUCAUCGUUUGGCCAACCUAUAGCUGGUUCACCCUCGUCUUCAACUUCUUCCUCAUUCUCGGCAUUUUCAUUGUCAUCGCCUCGGACAGCGCUCAGACCUACCACGUCGCCAUCGUUGGCUACCUGGCCGUCGGGCUGGUCGGCUCCACGUCGUCGAUUAACAACCUGAUAUACAGUGGCGUUGCAUCCAUGGAGGCGACAGCGGCUGGGUAUAUCUUGUUGUCCAUGGUGACGAUCAUCUGGAUAUUCUACUUUGGCUCCGCCCCAUCGGCUGUUCCCCGCGCCUACAUCGACUCCUUUGCGCUCACCAAGGAAUCCACCCUCCCUGCGCAUCACAUGAGCCGCCAAACCAUGAACCACAACGGUCUCUCCUCCCCCAAUGCUUACGGCUCCUACAACAUGCGCCCCGAAACCUCGGCGUCGGGCCUCCAGCCUCCGCAAAUGUACACGGGCCAGCUCAACGGGCUCGAAAACCCGGCUCGCCAGUCGCAGAUUCCCCAGGGUUUCUCGUCCAACAACAUUCCCAAGCCCCAGGGAGAAGGGGAGAUUGUUCCGCCAACGGAGUACCCGUACAGGGCCAAGGCGAUAUUCAGCUACGAGGCCAACCCGGACGAUGCCAACGAGAUUAGUUUCUCCAAGCAUGAGGUGCUGGAGAUUAGCGACGUGAGCGGGCGGUGGUGGCAGGCACGGAAGGAGAAUGGAGAGACGGGUAUUGCGCCGAGCAAUUACUUGAUUUUGCUAUGA